AUGGCCGUGUUAGGGCCGAGUGUGAGUGUAAAUAUGAAUGGUCAUAGUAAUAUUCAUAGCCAGUUAACUAAAUCUUUAGAGAGAAUUUUAGAAGAUGCUUAUUUAAGUGGUGAAUUAAAAUUAAGCGGACGAAAGCUGAGAGAGUUUCCAAAACCAGUGAAAUAUGACUUGAGUGAUACAGUUGUUGCUGAUGUGUGUAAUGUUCCUCGAAACACUUUAGAAAAUGUAUGCAGAGAAAAUGGAAAUGUA